AUGAGACGAGGGCCUGGUCUAGCGGCGCUGGAUCGUUCCGCGCACUCUUCUGCCUCUUACCAAUCGUUAGGCUCCGACUUAUCCACCGCAUCCCUGGCCGAGCUGACAGUCCAAUUAGACUCAUUCUCCUCAUCACUUCGAUCUUUCGCCACGCGUCACAGGCACGAUAUUCUUCGCGAUGCAUCGUUCAGACACAGUUUUCAACAAAUGUGUUCCAAAUUGGGUGUGGAUCCUUUAGCUGACAUUGGUGGUUCUUCGCGAGGUGGUGGUGGUGGCAGUAAGAGUGGAAAACUCUGGGAAGCUGUGGGGCUGGGCGAUUGGACUUAUGCUCUGGCAGUUCAAGUUGUCGACAUAUGUGUCAGCUCUAGGAGCCUGAAUGGGGGCUUGUUGGAGAUGCAAGACCUUUGUAAUGCGGUUACGAGGAUAAGGACAGGCACCACUGUCCAGAGCAUCAGCACCUCAAGCGGCACCUCAAACCUAGCGAGCUCGGGAGCAGCAGCAGUGACUGUGGAAGAUGUUCUUCGUGCUCUCAAGACUUUGCAGCCGCUAGGAUGCGGCUACGAAGUUCUGACGCUUGGUGGCAGUUUGUAUGUCAGGACAUUGCCGCAGGCUUUAGAUCCCAGCACCACAGUCCUGCUCUCGCUCUUGUCAGCCGCCUUUACCUCACAGGAUGGCGAGGCGUGGACGAUGGACAGAGCGGAAACGGCGCUUCGAAAUGCCACGGAGAGGGAAGGCUUACUCUGGGUGGACCAGGGGAUUUGGCCUCACCGCUACUACUCU